AUGAAUCCUAUGAAGAAUAUUUUUGAGAAGCCUGCGCAGACAGGAAGAAUUUCCCAUUGGCGGAUGUUUCUAUCAGAAUAUGACAUUGAAUAUCGUACUCAGAAAUAUAUUAAAAGAAGUAUGUUGGCAUGUUAUUUGGCUCAUCAAUCGAUUGAAGACUAUCAACCUAUCCAGUUUUACUUUCUAGAUGAAGAUGUUAUGGCCAUUAGAGCUAAAGAUUAUGAUGAACCAGGUCCUGAUGAAGGACCAGAGCCUGGAUCUCGAUGGGGUUUGGUAUUUGAUGGAGCUUCUAAUGCAUAUGGUCAUGGGGUUGGAGCAAUUAUAUUCACUCAUCGAGGUUCUCAUAUUCCUUUUGUUGCAAGGAUAUGUUUUCGUUGUACCAAUAAUAUGGUAGAAUAUGAAGCAUGUAUCAUUGUCCUCGAAGAAGCUAUUGAUCUCAGUAUUAAGAUCCUCGAUGUCUUUGGGGAUUAA